CUCUAUUUCAUGCAAUUCCCAAUAUUUUGGGGACUCACAAGUAGCUACUUACUAUAAUUAUUAAAUAUACUCGUUAGUAAUUUUAACGAGACGCAGCUGAUUUGGUAAGACGCUUUCGCCCUCAGUGCAGAGUGAAUGUGUAAGUAGUACUUAACUCAAAUAACAUAACACACCUGCGGCGGAGAAUUAUUUUAGAUGUCCGACACGGCGGCGGCGGCGGCAGCGAAGUUCCGAGGCGUGCGGAAGCGGAAGUGGGGGAAGUACGUCUCCGAGAUACGCCUCCCGAACAGCCGGGAGCGGAUAUGGCUCGGGUCCUACGACACGGCCGAGAAGGCGGCGCGGGCCUUCGACGCCGCCCUCUUCUGCCUCCGCGGCCCCUCCGCCAACUUCAACUUCCCGGACGAGCCGCCGCCGGACAUCCCGGGCGGGCGGGCCCUGGCCCCGCCCGAGAUCGCGGCGGCGGCGCAGGACUACGGGAAUAGCUACUACCGCGGCGGCCUCUGCACGGCACAGGCCGCCGCGGGAGUCGAGGCCCGGGACUCGGGCGAGGUGGACCGGGCCGGGCUGGUGGACUUGGUUGAUGGGUCGUUUUGGAAGAUGGUGGACAUGAAUUGUGAGAUGAAUGAGGGCUUUGAUUCGGGCUUCGGGCCUUUUGUGGAGCCCUGUGAAAUGCAUGUGGAUCCACAUUAUGGAGCUAGGGUUUGUGAAGAUGAAGAGGGGAGUUAUUAUCAUGGGCUUUGGAAUUUCUAAGAUUUUAAUUAUAGGAUAGAGAUAUUCAUAUAUAUAGUACUCAUAAUGUAUCAAUAUACACACAUUUUUGUGCAUCGGAUCGAGAUAAAACUCACAAUCUUACAAUUAUUUCUUGCAUAUAUAUGAAUAUAUGGAUGCUUUUAGAAUGAAAGACUAAAAUUGUUCAA